UGAACCGUCCGAUUGCACUGACACGUCGCUGUUUUAUGUCGUAGCUGUUAUGUUUCCUGUAGUUUUCCUCCUUCGGACAUACCGCUGCUGAAGUCUGGAUGGAGGUUGUAGUUGUGCAGCUCCCUGAUCACUGUAAAGGUGCGGGCGGUGGUCAGUGGCUUGUAGCUACAAUUCCUACAGACGGUCGAGUAGUUGAUUUAUCAGGAUUGGGAUUGCAGCAUUUGGAUACAGUUGCUCUGUGCCUGACAAGUACUUUGAUUCUGGACAAGAACCAACUGACUAAAUUGGAAAAUGUGGAGAAAUGUGGAGAUUUAGUACAAUUGUCUGUAGCCAACAAUCGCCUAGUCCGGAUGGUCGGUGUAGCAAAACUUGUCAAUUUGCGAGUCUUAAACUUGCCUAACAACAGUAUUGGAAAUGUGGAAGGCCUGAAGGACUUGGUUCAUCUAGAGUGGCUCAACUUAGCUGGAAACAAUAUUAAGUCUAUGGAACCAGUUAAUAACUGCUUGGCACUUCGACAUUUAGAUUUGUCAGACAACAAUAUUUCCCUGAUAGGUGACCUAUCAAAACUCUUGUCUCUGCAGAUACUGCUGUUGCAUGGAAAUACUAUCACCACACUCCGAUCUGCUUCCAGUCAUCUGCCACCAGACUUGACCAUCCUUUCUCUAGCUGAAAAUGAGAUCAGAGAUCUCAAUGAGGUUUCUUAUCUUGGAUUCCUUCGCGAGUUGGAACAGCUGUCAAUCAUGAGUAAUCCGUGUGUAAUGGCUACCCCCUCCCUCCCUGGAUUUGACUAUAGACCAUACAUAGUCUGUUGGUGUUUAACCCUGCGGAUUCUAGAUGGUUAUGUAAUCUCACAGAAAGAGAGCCUCAAAGCAGAGUGGCUUUACAGUCAAGGGAAAGGCCGAUCAUUUCGACCUGGUCAGCAUGUGCAGCUGGUCCAAUAUUUGGCCUCAGUUUGUCCUCUCACUUCAACUCCAGCACUACAAUCUGCAGAGGAUGCUAAACUUGAAAAAAUCCUAAGUAAACAGAGGCUUCACCAAAUGGAGCUCCUGGAGAAGCUCCAGAAUAGCAGCCAUAUUUCACAGUCAAGUCCAACCCGAGAAUUGUCAUUUCAAAGUGAAAGCAACAGCCCAACUCAAAGUUGCAAUGCUCACAAUGUAAAAGAACCUGUAAUUCGAAUUAACGCAUGGGUUGGUGCAAGUGACCGUGGAGACCAAUGUCAAACAGUCGAACAGUUCUCAUCAAGACAGACUGCAGGGUCUUGUCACAGUGAGCUCUUGUUGGAGGAUAUCCAGACUGAUGAGGACAAACUUAAUUGCAGUCUUCUCUCUUCAGAGUCUACAUUUAUGCCUGUAACCAAUGCAAUGUCUCCUCUUUCACCUUCCAGCGAUCAAAGGCUUCCUGGAGAUAUUCUGGCUGUAGAAGCUGAUGUUGUGUCAUCGUUGCAUUUGGAAACUGGGGAUAUGCAUGAGGAUAGUGAUGAUCAAAAAUAUCAGAGGGCUGCAAGAAGAACAGAAAACUAUGGAGGAUGGGUGGAAAAAGCCAUUUACAAAAGUAAAGAAGAGAAUGACAGCAAGUUGUUCCAUGUAUCCAGUCCAAUGAAAUCAUGUGUAAAUGUUAGUUCAGGUGUAAACAAAUGCCUGGAGUCAGCUGCAUUAACGAAAGAGCACAGUUUGCUAGACAACAGAUUGCCCAAAUGGCUAUCAGUGGAAGUUGACCAGAAGAUGAUAGGAGAAGACUCAAAGCCAGAUAAGUCUGGCUCAUCUGAAAGAGUUGAGCCAAACCCAGAAUUUCUAAAUCAAAUUAAUAAAGCAGCCGUAAAGAUUCAAGCACUCUGGCGAGGAUUCUACACCAGGAACUGCAAUAAAAAGGCGAAGGAAAUACGUUGUGAAAUCCGGCUGCGUAGGAUGCAGCAACAUGUACAAUACUUAACUAAAGAAGUAAUCAGAUGGAGAAAAGAAUGUGAAGAAGAACGUAUGCAAAGGAUGGUGCAGGAAGAAGCUGUAAGGUUUUUAUGGAACCAGGUUCGGAGCCUCCAAGAAUGGCAAAUAUGCAUGACUCAGAAGCAGAAUGGAGUAUUGCAGGCCUAUGCUAAAGAAUCCAUUUCCCCACAGCAUAUGUUUAUUCAUUCAUUUGAAGGCACACCACAGUCCUUUCUCUUGACUGACCACCCGAGUCCUACCUCUGGACAAGAUACUCACUUGGGACGUUCAUUGCAAGAAUUUCCUGAUUCUGGCUUUCAGUCCUCAGCCAUCACCUGUAAUUGUCUCCAAGAUUCCUUGAAUUCUCAUCGGAGUUCUUCAGCAGGGAGCACAAACACAGUUGUAGAAGUCCCCUGCAUUGUUAAAAAAGAUUACAAAUGUUUGACUGAGGAGUUCAAGGAGCCAGAAACCCUAGAUUCCAGCUGCACACCCAGUAGUAAAGAAAACUCGGAUAACAGUGAACAGGACAGCAGUCUUAUACAGCAAUAUCUUAAUUCAUUAAGGCAACUGGAUGCCGAAGAUGAUGAACCAAAUUUUAACAGGAGGACAGAAUGCGGUUCACAAGAAUGUGAUACUGUGAACAAUGUUCAUGAAUCCCUCUGUGGUGCUCCAAUUCAAAUGUCUGGUGAUUGUAAUACCAAGUUUCCAGAAGCGUUCUGUCAAGCAGAAGUGGCUGUCAUUGAAACUGACAUUGUGGACUGUGUAGAUGUACAAGGAAAAAGUCAUGAACUAAUCCCAAAGCAUUGAGUAGAUGCCAAUAACUAGUUAACUGUAUUCAGUUAAGAACAGUGCUAAUAAGGUCAUUUUUUUUGACAAUAUGCAUACUAAUGUGAAAGCAAUAUAUGAAGGCAUAGAAAUAUUUCAAGCUGAAAAAUACUACAUUCAAAAAUGAAAUGUUAUUGUGAUAAUUACACAAUGUACAUUUUUUCAAAAGCUCUUUUAGGAUGCGAUUUAAAUGAAAUAUUAACAAUUAAUUAUUUAGAUUUUCUUGUCAACAUUCCAGAGCAAUGAUUUUCAGCCUCAGUAUCUGCAAUCUUAAAAUUUUUUGAAUGGUUUUUACUUUUCUGAAGAAUAACAUUUACUCUCUUCUGUCAGUGUACUGAGCCAUUCACAAUUCCUGGUUCAAAAUCUGCACAUCUCUCCACAUCUCCUGUCGGCAUGAUAGCAUGACCAAGAUUAUUCCAUUCCUAUAUGACAUAUGAUAGUGGCGAAUUUGCACACCACACUGGCAAAACAUGUAGCAGCAAUCUAGAAUGUCAUCAGUUUGCUGACUUGUUUCUGUUAGUAGUCUUUAUUGAUGGAAAUAUAUUCUUCACCAUUACAACAAUAAGUUAUUUAUGUGUGUGAGGUGAUGCUCAUGAUGGACUGAUUUAGCACUACUCUGCCAAGAAGGGAUUAUAUUAUUGUAGUUUUGACAGAUUUCUGCAACCAUAAUUUCUCUCACAUGCUAAUUUACACUAUGUUAGUAGACCUGUUUUUGUAUCCCAAGGAUUCUAAUUCUUGAACAGUUGGUGGACAACCUGAAAUCUGCUAAUCAAAAGCUAAAAUAAUAUGCUAGUAGCUAUAGUGGAGUUUCAGUUAAUUGUGUAUUUGGUAAGUGUGCAUUUCUUUACUAUUGUGGAAUAAUUUAUUUGUCCGUCCUUGGGAGAGAGUAAAAUUUAUUGGACCUGCAAAGCAAACAUUAAUGAAGUUGACUAAAUACAUUGCAGAUAUGGUUCUGAGAUGAAAACCAUUCAAUUUCCAAUUGUACUAAAAGCUAGUGUGAGACAUUACUAUAGAAUUCAGCAUUUCUUUAACCAGCUUAUUGCGCGUGACCAUUAUUCCAUAAUCCUCCAUGUGUCUGUGAGCAUCCAGUGAAAAUAAAACCAAGCUGGACUGUUGUUACCUAGCAUCACAUAUAAAAUUAACUUUGACUUGUCAAAGCCUGAAAAAUAUGUCUUGUAUUGUGUUCUGCUGUCAGUGAUAACAUUAUGAGCAAUUAACUUACUGGAGAACUACUUCUGUGAAAUUAUAACAGAAAUAAAAACAAAACAGCUGGCUA